UUAUAUGGUCAAGGAAUGACAAAGCAAAGUCUUGCACAUGCACCAAUUUUAUUGGUCGCAAAUAAAUUACUAUGGUCUAGUAUUUCACACCGGAUAAUCAAUCUCUAAUAUUAUAAGCAUAGACCAACAUAAAUUAUACCUCAACUUCAAUUAUCCUUAGCCACUUCACACUCUUGUUGCCUUCAUGGCCAAGCCAGUGUCCAUUGAGGUAUGGAACCCAAAUGGGAAAUACAGGGUUGUCAGCACCAAAUCAAUGCCUGGAACUCGUUGGAUCAAUCUUCUCAUUCAGAAUGAUUGUCGCCUUGAAAUAUGUACCGAGAAGAAAACGAUUCUGUCAAUUGAAGACAUUAUUGCUUUGAUUGGUGAUAAGUGCGAUGGAGUUAUUGGACAGCUUACUGAAGAGUGGGGGGAAGAGUUGUUCUCUGCCUUGAGCAGAGCAGGAGGCAAAGCUUUCAGUAACAUGGCUGUUGGUUAUAACAAUGUGGAUGUUGAUGCUGCAAACAAGUAUGGUGUUGCUGUUGGAAAUACUCCUGGAGUGCUGACUGAGACAACAGCAGAGCUGGCAGCUUCACUGUCAUUGGCAGCUGCUAGAAGGAUAGUUGAGGCUGAUGAGUUCAUGAGGGCAGGAUUGUAUGAUGGAUGGCUACCUCAUCUAUUUGUUGGAAAUUUGCUCAAGGGACAAACUGUUGGUGUAAUUGGAGCUGGUCGUAUUGGAUCUGCGUAUGCAAGAAUGAUGGUUGAAGGGUUCAAGAUGAACCUAAUUUACUUCGAUCUCUACCAGGCCACACGACUAGAAAAGUUUGUUACAGCUUAUGGUGCAUUCUUGAAAGCAAGUGGUGAAACCCCAGUGACAUGGAAAAGGGCAUCAUCCAUGGAUGAGGUCCUCCAGGAGGCAGAUAUAAUUAGUCUUCACCCUGUCUUGGAUAAAACCACUUAUCAUCUAGUCAACAAGGAAAGACUAGCUAAGAUGAAGAAGGAAGCAAUUCUUAUAAACUGUAGCAGAGGGCCUGUUAUUGAUGAAGCUGCACUUGUGGAGCAUUUAAAACAUAACCCAAUGUUUCGAGUAGGCCUUGAUGUGUUUGAGGACGAGCCCUUCAUGAAACCCGGGCUUGCAGAGCAGAAGAAUGCCAUUGUGGUACCCCACAUUGCAUCUGCCUCCAAGUGGACCCGAGAGGGAAUGGCUACACUAGCAGCUCUAAAUGUUCUGGGGAAGAUUAAAGGGUACCCAGUUUGGUUUGAUGCCAAUAGGGUGGAACCAUUCCUCAAUGAGAAUGCUCGACCACCAGCUGCAUGUCCAAGCAUUGUUAAUGCAAAAGCCUUGGGUUUGCCAAGUUCAAAGCUAUAAACACACCUGGUUCAAUCCUACACAAGGGCCUUCAAUUGCAAAAAUGACCAAUUUCUGUGUGUUGAGUUGGUCUCUGUGGCAGGGAAAUAUGGCUAUUCUGUUCUCUUUUCUUUUCUUUUUUUGUGCAUGUAGAGUGCUGAUGGCAGUGUGAAUAUAAAGACUGUCUCGUUAAUAACAGCAUCAUGUAUCUGUAGUAUUUGAAACAUUAAUUAAACAUAAAUGAACUUAUACCUGAGGAUUCAGCUUAUUUUCUUCAUGAGAGAAGAGGAGAAAUAUAUCACAAAACUUGUUAUGAAAA